CUCUCUCUCUCUCUCUUUCUCUCUCUCUCUUUCUCUCUCUCUCUCAUUGUGGUGAGUAGCAGUAGCAGCAGCACUAGUUGUCUCAUGGAACUCAGUCAGGCAAAUGACCAUUCUCCUCUCUCCUCCUCUCUUCUCCUUCUCUCUACUCCUCUCUCCUCUUCUCUUCUCCUCCUCUCUCCUCCUCUCUUCUUCUCCUGCUGUUUUCUCUCUGCUCAGAGGUAGUGGAAAAUAUAUUGCUCCUUCUCUUCUCCUCCUCUCUACUCGUCUCUCCUCCUCUCUUUUCCUCUCUCCUCUCGUCCUCCUCUCACCCCUUGAGCUGGGGGUCAGCGGGGCUCUCUGUGUGUGAGGGAGGGGGGGGUUAAGGAUGGAAGCGAUGGCUCUCUAUUCGUUCCGAGCCACGGAGGGUGAUGAGCUCAGUUUCAACAAGGGAAACGUACUUAAGGUCAUCAACAUGGAAGAUGAUCCUAACUGGUACACAGCGGAGCUCAACAACAAGAAAGGAUACGUACCUAAAAACUAUAUCAAUCUCAAACCACACGCGUGGUUCGCAGGCCGUAUAUCCAGGGGGGUUGCAGAGGGCAGAUUGAGGCAGAGAGACCGAGGAGCGUUCAUCGUGAGAGAGAGCGAGAGCGCUCCAGGAGAAUUCUCCAUGUCCGUCAGUUACGGGGACCAUGUGCAGCACUUCAAGGUGCUCCAGGACAGGUCAGGACAGUACUUUGUUUGGGAGGAGAUGUUCUUCUCUCUGAAUCAGAUGGUGGAGUUUUACCAUAGCAACAGCAUCGCCAAGGAGGGAACCGUCUUCCUACGAGACCCAGAACACCCUGCCAGGCACCCCCACCACGCCCAUGCUCUGUUUGACUUCACCCCCCACCACCCCUCCCAGCUACGCUUCCUCCGCGGUGAUUUCAUCGACCUGCUCGACUGUUCCGAUUCGCUGCGCUGGAGAGGCCGUUGUCAUGGACGCGUUGGAUUCUUCCCCCCGGAGUAUGUCCAGGCCGUCUACCAAUGACCCCGCCCCAUCUGCCCCGCCCCCAUCUACAACGGACCCCACCCCCAUCUGCCCCCGCCCCCCGCCCCCAUCUACCAAUGGACCCCACCCCCAUCUGCCCCGCCCCAUCUACCACUGGAGAGAGACAACAACUGGAGAGAGACUGGAGAGAGACUAGAGAAAGACAGCAGCUGGAGAGAGACUGGAGAGAGAGAGCAACUGGAGAGAGACUGGAGAGAGACAGCAACUGGAGAGAGACUGGAGAGAGACUGGAGAGAGACUGGAGAGAGACUGGAGAGAGACAGCAGCUGGAGAGAGACUGGAGAGAGACUGGAGAGAGACUGGAGAGAGACAGCAGCUGGAGAGAGAAUGGAGAGAGACAGCAACUGGAGAGAUACUGGAGAGGGACUGGAGAGAGACAGCAGCUGGAGAGAGACUGAAGAGAGAGACUGGAGAGAGACUGAGGAAAAAAUGUCAUCAGGGAGACAUGAGAGGACACAGAGACUGAGGAGCCUCCAGGAGACAGCCAUCUCACUGUGGAUAAGGACCAGAGACUGAGGAGCCUCCAGGAGACAGCCAUCUCACUGUGGAUAAGGACCAGAGACUGAGGAGCC